AAGUAUCAACAUUUUUAACAAGUUCUACUUUUGCACAAAAGGGGAAGUAGCUGGUGUUUUCUCUCUCGUCGCUCACAGGGACUUACUUCUCCCAAUCGCACUUUCAUAUUCCAAGUGAGACGGGGACGGUUGAGAUUAUGGGGACGGUGAGCGAACUCUGUGCGUCGAGCUUCCAGGCGUUCUUGUGUCCCACAGUUUGCCCGGCUCCUCCAGCAGUACCGGACGACCUGACGCCAGAGGAGAAGCAGGAGCUGGAGAACAUUAGGAGACGAAAACUGGAGCUGCUGGAGGACAUACAGCGGCUCAAGGAUGAGAUAGCAAAGGUGACGAAUGAGAUCGAAAGUCUUGGCUCCACUCAAGAAAGAAUAAACAUGCAGCGGAGUAAACAGGUGGCUAUGGGACGCAAGAAAUUUAACAUGGAUCCCAAAAAGGGUAUUCAGUUCCUCAUAGAGAAUGAACUGCUGAAGAACACUUGUGAAGAUAUUGCUCAAUUUCUCUACAAGGGUGAGGGCCUCAACAAGACCGCCAUCGGAGAUUAUCUG